AAAUUGCGUAUACCUUGGAAGAAAAUUUUACUUUCCAGAGUGUUAUGGGUUAUUGCAGUAACAAAAAUAUGUUGGGGCUGUGGAUUUUAUACUUUAUUGGCUAAACUACCAUCGUAUUUAAAAAUUAUGCUUCAUUUUCCUAUACAACAGAAUGGUUUGAUCAAUGCUUUAGUUUACUUUUCGGAUGCUAUAACAAUAUUUCUCUCUGGAUUUAUUGCCGAUUUUAUAAGAAAACGACAAUAUUUUAGUUUAACUAACACCAGAAAAAUUCUUGAAAGCAUUGGUAUGUUUGGCCCAGCAUUCUGUAUUUUAUCAGUUCCAUUUUUAGGGUGCGACAGCACUAAAGCUAUUAUAUCACUGACUCUUGCGAUGGGAUGCUUUGGUUUCUGCACUUCAGGAGAUGCCGCCAUAGUAUUCGAUUUGGCACCUGAUUUUGCAGGAGUGUUAUAUGGCAUCACAAGCGGUUUAGCUUCUAUUCCAGGAUUCAUAACGCCUUAUAUAGCAGGCUUAAUAUUAGAUAAGAAUCAAGGAAGCCUUCUUCAAUGGAGUUAUGUCUUCUACAUGGGAUCUUCCUUUUAUUUCGUUGGUGGAAUAGUGUUUAUUGUAGGAGCUUCUGCAGAAUUACAAAGUUGGGCUAUUCAGUCACCUAAUAAAGAUGAAAAAAAUUAAACUACUGAACAUUGAUGACAGGUUUCACCUAACCAGCAGACUUGCUACGUAGAGUUUGCCGAGUUUUCUUUAAAUGUCUAACAAGUGUCAAUUUCUCAUAGAAACAUAACUCUUGACAGAUCGUUCAUGUGUUGGAUACCGUAUGUGUUAGUUGCGUAGUUUAACACCACAUUUCAUUUUCUAUGAAUUUUAGAAGCAACAAAUGAUACUACUAUUUAGAGGUUUUGUUUGAGUAUAUAUAUGUUACCGGCCAAACUAGUUUGUCCUAGGCAAAACUUGUUUAUCCUACGCAUGUCAGGAUAUACUAGUUUAGCCUACGAUAAUCUAGUUUAGGCUAAAUACUUUAGACUUAACUAGUUUGACCUAGGCCGAACUUAUUUAUGUACUACAAAUAGGUGCCAGUGUAAAAAAAAAUGAUUUUGUGUAAUUCGAAAUGCCACCACAGUACACUCGGUGGUUAAAGUGUACCUAGGUAACUGUGCUUCAGUUAGGUUGGUUUGGUUUAGUAGGUUGGUAGGUUUGUCUAGGCAGUGCUUCAGUUAGGUUGGUUUGGUUAAAUUAACUACAUUUUUAGUAGACGUUUCCUUUUUUUUCUUUUGUUCAAGAACUACCGUGAAUCAAUAACUAGUGACGUUAAACAAUGGGCGGCCUGCCGGCAGCUUCCCUAUGGGAGGAGUCUGCUGGGAGCACGAACAGUCCGAAGUGCCACUAUUGGGGUUACCUAGGUACAC